AUGACAAGCCUAGUGUCGAAGCGCGGAGCUCCGAUGGUGCGGCGGCCGGCGGCGACGUGCGUCGACGUUUUCAUAAACCACAGAGGCGUGGACACGAAGCGGACGGUGGCGUCGCUGCUGUACGACCGGCUGGCCCGGUUCAGGAUCCGGUCGUUCUUGGACAACAAGAACAUGAAACCGGGCGACAAGCUGUUCGAGAAGAUCGACGGCGCUAUCGCCAAAUGCAAGGUAGGCGUCGCCGUUUUCUCGCCGCGCUACUGCGAGUCCUAUUUCUGUCUCCACGAAUUGGCGCUUUUCAUGGAGUCCAAGAAGAAGGUCAUCCCCAUCUUCUGCGACGUUAAGCCGUCGGAGCUCCGGGUGGUCGACAAUGGGACCGUUCCGGUUCACGAAAUCGACCGGUUCAACUCCGCCCUAGAGGAGGCCAAGUACACUGUUGGCCUUGCCUUCAACUCUCAAGAAGGGAACUGGUCAGAUGUUGUGACAAAUGCUACAGAUAUUGUGAUAGAGAGUUUGAUAGAGAUAGAGGGGGAGAAGCAAAUAAAAAAAAAAAAAAUUCAAGAUAAUAGCAAUUUACUCCGAAAUGAGACGUCACAUUGUUUGGUAAAUGUUUUAUUGGCCUUGGCUGAUUGGGUCAAUAAGCUGAAAAUUGAAAAGCUAAUGAAUGUAGCUUUUUUAUCAGCUGGUUGGGAUCAAUGA